AUGGCAUCUCGGCUUAUUCUCUCCGCCUUACGAAUGUGCAAGGAUCUCGCACUUCAUACUUUACCUGCUACGAUUCGCCCAACUCUUGCGACCAUUGAAAGAUCCGUCACCGAUACGAGUUAUCCGCUUCACAUAUUGGUCCAUGCGGUGCGCCGCAACAUUCGCCCAGGCCUGGUGUUCGAGAUCGUCAUGGCUAAGCUGGCAUGCCAUGAUUCUCUCUUCUUCUUCUUUAUCCUCUUCCUCGUCCUCGUCUCCGUCCUCGUCUCCGUCCCCGUCCUCGUCUCCGUCCCCGUCCCCUCCCCCGUCCCCGUCCUCGUCUCCGUCCUCGUCUCCGUCCCCGUCCCCUCCCCCGUCCCCGUCCCCUCCCCCUUCCCCGUCCCCUCCCCCGUCCCCGUCCUCGUCUCCGUCCUCGUCUCCGUCCCCGUCCCCGUCCCCCUUGGGUGGCUUGAAGUCUUGGAAUUCGCUCGCCGGCGGGCACUUGCCUCCUCCGACACGGUACCAUAUACGCGUAAGCUCUGUCGCGUACGCUGCAUCCAUGCGUGGAAUUGGGUCGCCAUCAUUGACGAAGGCGAGUAUAUUCCCUCGAAGGAAGUUGCUAUCGGUAUAGAGUUUGGUGAGGCGGGCGUCAAUGUCGGUGUUGAACAACAGAGGACAACCAAAGUGUACGCAAGACAGCGUCGGCUUCUUCGAGGGCAGAUCUGUGUCGUGUUGUCAGCCUGA